AUGAAUGUGUCCCACAAACCAAACUGUCUGAGCCACAUCGAGGCUGCUGCCAUUCCCUACGUGGCAACCACCGCCUGGUCAGCGCUGGUUAAUACUGGCGGUCUGAGAAAGGACAACUGUGCCAACAAGAGGAUUUUGAUCCUUGGAGGAUCCGGAGGAGUGGGAACGUUUGCUGUACAGAUGGUGAAGGCGUGGGGCGCCCACGUGACCGUUACCUGCUCCCAGAACGCCGAGCGGUUCUUAAGGGGGCUCGGGGCGGACCACGUGGUGGACUACACCGCUGGGCCCGUCGAGGAGCCGCUCAGCGCUCUGGAGAAGUUCGACCUGAUCCUGGAUAAUGUCGGGGGUGACACGGAGAGCUGGGCGUUGAAGCUGCUGAAGCCGUGGAGCGGCGCCAAGUACGUCACCCUGGUGACGCCGUUCAUGCAGAACACCGACAGGCUGGGCGUAGCUGACGGCAUGAUGCAGUCCGCCGCUACAGCGGCCAGCAAGGCCUUAAAACACCUGAUGAAAGGAGUUCAUUACCGCUGGGGAUUCUUUGCACCCAGCGGCUCUGCCUUGGAUGAAAUCAGGGACAUGGUGGAUGCAAAACAGAUCCGGCCCGUGGUGGAGGAGACCUUCAGCUUUUCACAAGUGCCUCAGGCCUUUGAGAAGGUGGAGAAGGGUCACGCCCGAGGAAAGACGGUAGUCCAGAUCAGCAAAGGGGGUGACGACGUAUAACUCUGUACAUCGUGGGCUUUUCUUAUUGAGUGCUGUCAAUGCUUUUAUAGACUCCGCCUACAAAACUGAAGACACAUUGCACUUUGUUUUCUAUCCAGAGUACAUUGUUUACCUUUUUAUCAGGUUUGUGUGGCUGUUUCUUUUCCACUGUUUGCUCAGGAUCUGAGCACAAGCACUAAAACUGCUGUCAGCUUUUUUAUUUUUCAGUGACUCAAAGGAAACUCUUCACUGUCAGUGUUUCAAAAACUAAAAUAAAGACGUCACAUUAUUA